AUGCGCUGCCCCGAUACGGCGCCCAUGCUCCGCCACCACUUCUGCUUCUUCCACAUCGACGCACCGGGCCACCAGGACGGCGCGCGGCAUCUGCGAGGAUCCGCGUCUCACGGCACAGCGCAGGACAUGGCGGAUCAAGUUGCAGACGUCAUCAACGCGCUCGGGUUGAUGGACGUGACGUGCAUGGGCGUGACAGCGGGCGCGUACAUCCUCACGCUGCUCGCGCUGCGCCAUCCGUGUCUCGUGCGCUCGCUCAUCCUCAUCUCGCCGCUCUGCCGCCCCCCAUCCUGGGCCGAGUGGGGCGCGUCCAAGGUGCUAGUGUCGUCGCUGUCCCUGGUCGGCGCUGCUUCCGCCAUUGCCUCCGCGGCCCUCAUGCAGCGAUACGUCCCUCUCGCCCAGCGCGCCAAGCCCAAUCAACGGCCGUCCACCCCACAGCUCUCAGCCAUUCAAGAGGGCAUGCGGGGCAUGGCAGCAGACGGCAUGGUGCAAUACAUUCGAAUCAUGGACCAGCGCAAGGACCUGACGAUGCAGCUGGCGGGCAUGCGGUGUCCGUGCCUGGUGGUGGUGGGCGAGAUGUCGCCCUUCAGAGAUGACGCCCUGCACCUGCACGCCCACCUGCCCCGCCGCCUCGCUGCCUGGUUCCAGGUGCCAGCGAGUGGGACAGUGGCAACAAGGGACU